AACUAUUCUCUUUCUUCUAAAGACCGAUAAUAUUUAGACACCUGUGUUCAGUCUUUUUUGUUUCUUCUCCUUCUUGCUCUUACCUAGAUUUUGAGACGAGGAGAGUCUCAGUUUCCAACGUUUCCUUUUUUUUCUCUUUGCUUACCGAAUCUCUCUCUCUUGUCUCUCAGAUCCAUCAGAAAGGUUUUUGCUCUUCUUAUCUUGAAGAUGGACAGGGCAGACACAUGGGGGUUUGUUAGUGGUGGGAGAUGUUUAUAUCUCAAGUUGAUUUUAUGUUUAUAGCUUUACGAGUUAUUAUUCUAAGUAUUCUACUGUGCAUCCCUUCCCUUCUUCUUCAACAUGGAUUUGAACGAGAGUGUGGCUCGUUUUGGUGAUACUUCUCUCAGCUUGAAAUGCCUUGGAAGCAACUCGCACCACAACCAUAAGCUUUGUUAUGAUGUUUCCAACUGUCCUGAUGGGGGUUGCGGUUUGGUUCUCGGUUUAGGUCCAACACCACCCUCGUAUUAUUACAGUGUAAGGGUUAAUGACAAUAACAACAAAGUCUCAGCUUCAUCCGGGACUGUUCAGGAACUCUCAUCAGGUGGUGACUCCAUUCUACAGCUCGGCCUUCCUGCACUGACCAUGGACAGUUUCAGCGGACUUGAUUGUUCCUUGUUGACGUAUACAGACACUAACGUCUCCCAAGCUGAUGAAGGUUCUACCUCUACAAAGCGUUCAGGUGGCUAUAUGUCAUCCCUUAGAAGACCUUUAAGAAUGCAAGAGUGUAGUACUAACUUUGGAGUUGAUGAGUCAGAGUUCUCCAUAGGAGCUGCUUUCUCUGACAGGACUCAGCACAGGACGACCAACCCAAAGAAAUGCAAGUUCAUGGGAUGUGCCAAAGGAGCUAGAGGAGCGUCAGGGCUCUGCAUUGGCCAUGGAGGUGGGCAGAGAUGCCAAAAGGCAGGUUGCAACAAAGGUGCUGAGAGCAAAACAACCUUCUGCAAAGCACAUGGUGGAGGAAAGAGAUGCCAGCACUUGGGGUGCACAAAGAGCGCCGAGGGCAAAACAGAUUACUGUAUAUCUCACGGAGGUGGAAGAAGGUGUGGCUUUCCUGAGGGAUGCGCUAAGGCUGCACGUGGCAAGUCAGGGCUAUGCAUAAAGCACGGUGGUGGUAAGAGGUGUAGAGUUGAAGGAUGCACAAGAAGCGCUGAGGGACAAGCUGGUCUUUGUAUAUCGCAUGGUGGUGGGAGGCGUUGUCAGUCUCCAGGGUGUACAAAAGGUGCUCAAGGGAGUACGAACUACUGCAAAGCUCAUGGUGGUGGGAAGCGUUGCAUAUUCGCUGGAUGUACUAAAGGAGCUGAAGGUAGUACUCCUCUGUGUAAAGCACACGGUGGAGGGAAACGUUGUAUGUUUGAUGGAGGUGGGAUAUGCCCUAAGAGCGUGCAUGGUGGGACGAGUUUCUGUGUAGCUCACGGUGGUGGGAAGAGAUGUGUUGUGGCGGGGUGCACUAAGAGCGCUCGUGGGAGGACUGAUUGUUGUGUGAAGCAUGGAGGUGGGAAACGGUGUAAGUCUAUUGGGUGUGAGAAGAGUGCGCAAGGUAGUACUGAUUUUUGCAAGGCUCAUGGAGGUGGCAAACGGUGUUCUUGGGGAGGUAACUGCGAGAAGUUUGCUAGAGGAAAGAGUGGUUUAUGUGCUGCUCAUAAUAGUAUGUGUCAGGACAAAGGUGGAAGCAAGAUUGGUUUGAUAGGGCCAGGACUUUUCCGUGGUCUUGUUGUCUCUACCUCUUCUCAAACCACCACUACUACCACUGAUCAUUCUCAGGCUGGAGUUAGUGCGGUCUCUGACUGCACAGAGUCCAUUGAGCAAAGACGGAUGCAGAUGAUACCAAUGCAGGUUCUUGUGCCUCCAUCAAUGAAGUCCUUAAGCUUCUCAAACACUGAAAGACUAGAAACAGAAUCAAACAAUAACAGGAGCGGGAGGAAUGUCUUUGACUUUAUGAUUCCGGAGGAGAGAGUUCAUGGAGGGGGGCUAAUGUCUCUGCUUAAUGGAAGCUUGAAGCAGACUCUCCAUUGAUGGAACUUGAAAGCUUUUCUCUAUUGGUGAGAGAGAGACACACCAAAAAGCUUAUGUAAUAUGUAUAGUAUUAUUCCUUGUCUCUUUGGUCCUUUUGUAUAUUCAUGGGUCUUGUGUUUUUUUUGUAUGGUCUUGUAAUGAGUCUUGACCAUCUAGUCGAUGGCUAGAACUUGUUUAUUUGAUUAUUAAUUUGGAAUUUUGCAAUGUAGUGUAGGAAGUGUUGUUAUUGAUUUGUUCAAUGGAAUUAAUAAAUGGAUGCUUUGUUA